UUUGAGGACUACCUGUUUUCACCACUGAACUCAAUAGUUAAACCCAUUGAAUCAACAGUUCACCACAACAUGGACUUCUCUCUCAGUGACUACUGGAUAGCUUCAUCCCAUAACACGUAUCUGACUGGUGACCAGUGGAGAGGGCAGUCUCAAGUGGAAACCUAUGCAAGAUGUCUGCAGAUGGGCUGUCGUUGUGUUGAGUUGGACUGCUGGGAUGGCCCUGAUGGGAAACCUGUAGUCACGCAUGGUAAAACAUUGACAUCAAAGAUCAAGGUGGCAGACGUGCUGCAGACGAUCAAGGACAAUGCUUGGGUUACAUCAGACUACCCUUUGGUAUUGUCCAUUGAGAAUCACUGCAGCCUUCUUCAGCAAAGACAGCUAGCUCAAUUAUUCAAGGAAAUAUUUCAAAGUGACCUACUUACUGAACAGGUCGACAUGAACGAGACUAAACUUCCAUCUCCAAACCAGCUAAAGCGUAAAAUUAUUAUCAAGAACAAAAAAUUGCAAGGAGAUUGGAAGACUACCGAUGGGAAACAGUAUCUGGACAUGUCUGAUCUGGCUGAUGCCAAGAAACAUGGAAAACUGUGCAUGAAGUACGCUGCUGAAGAGAAAUGGAGUGUGUUUGACGUUUUCCUGACAGACAGCCUGAUUGGCUUCACACCACAUGUCGUGUCAGUGGAAGAAGACGAGAUAGUUGAAAACUGUGAGAAUAUCUACACGGAUUUUGACAACAGUGUAUGUGAGGAUUCUGAGGAAGCUCACCCGCUCAGUUCUCAGCUGUGGUACCAUGGAGGUAUUGACCGCAGCACAGCAGAACUGAUACUAAAAGAACAACGAUUCCACGGAGAUGGUACUUUUUUAGUUCGUGAUGGCCAUAGAGGAGAUUUAGUAUUGUCUUUUUAUGCCUAUGGCAGUGUGUCACACAGUAUAAUCAAGGAGUGUGAUGACGGCAAAGGACAUAAACGAUACCUGAUCGGAAACGAAGUCUGGCAUGAUAGUGUGGCAGAACUGGUAGAGUACUACUACAGUCAUCGGUUGACUUACAAGGAUAAGGGUGUCAGCUUAAGUUUAACCUACGCUGUCAAGAGAAUUCUGGGGUUUGAACAUGAAAAGUGGUAUCAGCCCGAUAUUGACCGCAUGUCUGCUGAAGAGUUCCUCAGGGCAAUACCAUUGGAUGGGGUGUUUCUUGUUAGGCCUAGUUCCGUGCCAAACUGUUUUACCCUUUCCAUGAGGUAUCACCACAGAGUCUCUCAUUACCAGAUAGAAUACAAACAGAAUAAGUUUGUGAUCGGGACCUUUCAUUUUGCCAGCAUGAACAAACUGGUUGAUCACUUCUAUAACCAUCCACUGUACAAGACAGCCAAACUGACAUGUCCUGCGUCUGAAGAUCUGAAGCAAAAUGAACCGGAUGAGGGAUUCUAUACUGGGACAGGCUUAUAUUAUCCUCCUACACAGCAAAAUAAAAUGGUGACAGUUACUGUCAUAGCACUGUAUGACUAUCACGCCACGUCUGAGGAUGAGCUUUCUUUCAAACAAGGCAGCUACAUCACAGACGUUGUGACUACAGAUCUGCAGUGGUGGAGAGGUAACCACGCGGGCAGUGUCAACAAACUGUUUCCGGCCAACUACGUCAAGAUUGUAGAGAAAAGCGAAGAGGAGGGGAUCUCCACCGGGCCAUCUGAAGCUCUGCUACGCCUUUCUGAAUGUCACAUAGACAGCAACAUCCAGCCUGGGGAUGGCAUGCAUUAUUUCCUGCUAACACACCCCACCCAGCCAAUCAUUUGGGUUGGUUCACACGUGAAAGCAGAAAUAGACGACUGGUUGCGGUUGAUACUGCAGUGUAAAACCAAAAUUGGUGCAGAGAGCAUGGAAAUUCAGAGACAAGAACGUUCUAAAAAUAUUGCCCAAGAACUCUCUGACCUCGUGGUGUAUUUCCAGGCGGUUCUGUUCAACCCAGCUCGUCAAGGCAAAUUUUUUGAAAUCUCCUCCUUCAGUGAAGAACGCAUCGGCAAGGAUGACAGGUUUAUUAUACAAUACAACCAGAAUCAAAUCAGCAGAGUCUACCCCAAGUUCUUCCGAUUAACUUCCACAAAUUUUGAUCCAGUGCCCAAAUGGAAUGUUGGGUGUCAGAUGGUGGCCUUGAACUACCAAACUCCAGACAAAUACAUGCAGAUCAACCAGGCAAUGUUUGCCCAGAAUUGCAGGUGUGGCUAUGUCCUGAAACCAAGGUUCAUGAACAGCGCCCAGUACAAUCCAUCAGACGUGCUGUCACUGACGGAAAACGUGGAGGCCGUGGUUCUCACUGUUACAGUUCUGGGUGGCAGAAAUCUGGGCAGCAUGACUUCGGUUGUCGGGGACAUGCAGCCGUUUGUGUCUGUGGAGGUGCUGGGGCUUCCUUUGGACUGCCAGAGGGAGAGGACAAGGAUAUCUUUGGAUAAAAAUAUGCUCAACCCAGUUUGGAAGAAUGAAGUUUUUGUCUUCCAUUUAUCAUGUCCGGACUUGACCUUCAUUAGAUUUGAGGUUUCUAGUGAGGUCAAUGACACAUCCUAUCUGGGUCAAGCUACUUUUCAUUUUAAGAGUAUUCGGCAAGGUUAUCGUAGUGUACAGCUGCUGAAUGCCUACAGCGAGCCGCUGCCUAUGUCAUCCCUCCUGGUACACAUCAACAUCAAGAAUCCAAAGGAGGAGGCAGAGAAGAAUUUGUUCCGCAUCAUUGAAGAAACACGGAAACUCUACAUGGAGCUUAGCACGUCUGCCCAGGGGGACAAGAGACGAGACCAGCUUCAGCAGACAGAAAAGAAGCUUCUAGAUUAUCUGGAUCGCAACCAAAAUAAAGGAUAUAAAAGAACUUGA